UCUUACCCACUCCACAAGCUGCUCAGCUUGUCUUGUCGAAGUCGAUAUCCAUGUCUUUGAUUUAGGGAUGAAGUUGAAAGGGAGCACUUGCUUCCAAGGGCGUACCCUACGGAUGCCAAGCCUCUAGCGUUUCGGGGGUUGACAGCCUUACUGAAUUGGUCUCACUACCUGAAUCCAACAACUACCACGCAUCAUGGCAUAGGUGCGGUAGAAGGCUCACUACGGACGCUCGAUCUGAUAUGGCGAACGGCACACCACCGGCUCCAGGUUUGACAUUCCCGCCGGAGACAUUCGCUAAGCUCACUCCACGUCCAUUUCUACAAGCCCACCUCCAACACAAAGACUCCAUUCGGCCAAACGGACGUAGGCCCGAAGAAGUCAGAAAGCCAACCGUCAACACCGGCUCACUCAGCUAUAGCAACGGCAGCGCAGUCGUUAGGGUGGGAGACACCGCUGUGGUGUGCGGAGUCCGUGCCGAGAUUUUGCUUGCCUCUGACAUUCCGCACCCGCCGAACGGAGAUGCCGAUGCUGAGCAUCUACUAGAAGACCUCGGGUUGCUUGUGCCUAAUGUAGAGCUCAGCACCGGAUGCUCACCGACGCAUCUACCUGGAAACCCACCUGGCAUUUUGGCUCAGGCACUGAGCUACCGUAUACUCUCGCUCCUGCACGUAUCUGACUUGGUAAAUUUACAAGAUCUUCAAAUUGAAUAUACUGUACCGCAGACGGACGACGAUCUUCCGGAUGCAGGUCCAAAGACAGUCGUCAAAGCGUACUGGACGCUGUACAUUGACAUCUUAUGCAUAGCUAUGGACGGCAACCCCUUCGAUGCUGCAUGGACAGCAGUCAUUGCAGCUUUGCGAGAUACGUCUCUACCGAGAGCAUGGUGGGACCCAGACCGGGAGAUAAUACUAUGCUCACCUCUUGAAGCUGAGGCGAGCAGACUCCGACUACGAAAUUUGCCGAUGGCUUCAACGUUCGCGGUUUAUUCGACAUCAUCACCGCUGAAGCAACGGGCCCAUGCUGAGAGUUGGGUGUUGGCGGACCCCGAUGGCUUCGAGGAGGAUGUGUGUCACGAAAGCGUUACCGUGGUGCUAUCUCAUCACAUGGAUGGAAAGAAAAGCGGCAUCCUUCGGGUUGAAAAACAUGGUGGAGGUAUAGUCGACAAUGUCGCACUACUCCGAUGCGUCCAGGCCACGCGGAACCGUGCAGGCGAGUGGUGUGCUGUUUUGGGCAUCACCUGACAUCCGACCAAGGCAACCGCAUUCUCAGAUCACCAAGUACGACCAAACACGUGGGAGAACAAGACAACUAAAGUAAAUGAAAGCCAAUAAAGCAGCCUCGCAAGGCAGCAUGGACCCCAUUCAGCAGUCAAAGUACCAUGGGAUGACUGUAUCAGCCGGGCUAGUGGGGGGGAAGACGGCAAGUCCGGCAUUGAACUCUGUAGCGGGUGUCUGGCCGCUCUCCA